GCAGCUGAGGUAGGGGCCGGAGCCUUCUGGGAGCAGCUGUCGUCUUCCGUGGUGGGAGCUUAAAUAAAGCCAGAGCAGACGGGUGGAUGGCAGAGGGCACAGGUGGUGAACGUGGCUGCUCUGCGGUGUCUCCAGCACGAAUCUUCGCUCCCUCAGGGUUCCACUAUGCUCAGACACCUUUGGCUCCUAGCGCUCUGGUUGCUGGGCUCUAGUCCUGCCCUGGCUGAAGUUCAGAGCUGUCAUGCCUCCAGGGUCCAGUCUUCAGUGGUCUCCAGCUGCCAAGCUCAACACCAUGAGACACUGCCAGAAAUUGACCCAUCCACUGACAUCCUUCUGCUGAAUUUCAACCUCUUCUCCAACAUCUCGGCCUCCUCCUUCCCCAGGCUGGAGAGGCUCAGAAAGCUGUCUCUGGGAUGUCAGCUGGGGGGAUCACUCUCCAUUGGAGAAAGAGCCUUUGAGAAGGUGGCCAAUAUCACGUUCCUGGACCUCGGGGGCAACAGGAAGCUGAGCCUCCAACCCACGGCCUUGGCUGGCUUGCAGCAGCUCGAGGUGCUCCUGCUGGAUGCCAAUGGCCUUGAUGAGACUGUGCUGGAGGGUGGCUACUUCCAGGAUUUGGUGUCCCUCAAAAGGCUGGAUCUCACAGGGAACCUGAUAAAGAGGCUGAGACCUGAUGCCUCUUUUCAAGGCUUGAAGCUGCUGGCUGUCCUCCAGCUCCGGCUUAACAGGAUCAAGACAAUCUGCGGGGAGGAUCUGACCCACCUCGGGGGACGACACCUGUCCCUCCUAGAUCUCUCAUCCAACCUGCUGUCCUAUAGGGACCCUUGGUACAACCACUCCUGCCCUAGUCCCUUCCGCAACAUCACAGUGGAAACCCUGGAUGUCUCCUCCAACCCAUGGGAUGUGGGUAGUGCUGAACGGUUCUUUAAGGUCAUGGCAGGUGCCCAGAUACGGAAUCUGAAGUUGCAGCACUCGGGGGCCAUUGGGAGAGGGUUCGGGUUCAAUAACCUGCGGGGCCUCUCCGCCAGCACCUUCUCAGGACUCAGCCAGAGCAGGGUCCUCUCUUUCGACAUGUCUCAUGGCUUCCUCUCCAAGCUGGGGCCUUUGGUUUUCUCGGGUCUCCCUGAGCUGCGUGCACUGCGCCUAGCAGCCAAUCAGAUCCACGAGAUCCGUGGGGAGGCCUUUGCUGGACUGCAGCACCUCUGGACCCUGGACCUCUCCCACAAUCUGCUGGGGGAGCUGAAUACGGAGGCUCUCCAGAGCCUAAGAUCUUCCCUGCUGCUUCACCUCAACCUCAAGUCCAACCACAUUGGGGCCAUCCAGCACAAUGCCCUGGAGGGACUGAGGACCCUGCGGACGCUGAAUCUGCAGGACAAUGCCCUCUCGCGUGUGCCGUCAGGGCGGCUCCCUGCCCUGGAGCACCUGCUGCUGGGCCAGAACCGGAUCAAGGACACCUGGGGAAUCGGGAAGCUUUCCACGAAUCUGACCUUCCUCGACUUGUCUUCCAACCGCAUGCAAGACCUGAGAGGGCUCUGGAAUGAGCUGAAGGGCAUCCCUGCCUUGCAGUUCCUGAACCUUUCACACAACCAGAUCUCAAGGUGCUCUGAGCAUCAGGACAGAGCCAUGCCCAGGCUCAGCCAGCUCAGGGUGCUGGACCUUUCUGAGAACUCCCUGAAUAUCGUCUGGAAUGCAGGGGGCUGUGUGGAUGUCUUCCACCAUCUAGACAGGCUGACAUUCUUGAAUCUCAGCAGAAACAACCUCCAGACCUUACCUGAGGGCCUCUUCCAGGGGCUGGUCUCUCUCCAGGCUCUGGACCUAUCUGGGAACCUCAUGGCCAUGCUUCCUGAUGGGCUGUUCCAGGACCUGCGCUCCCUGCAGAUGCUAGGGCUGCAGGGUAACCCCUUGGUGACCCUGUCACCAUCUGUUCUUCAGCCGCUCCAGGCACUAGCAUUCCUAAAUCUCCAGGAGGUCUCUCUGCUUUGCCACUGCAGCUUGCAGGACCUGGAGGAUUGGCUGCAGUCUACCAACGUGACCCUGAGUGGUGGGAAGGAAGGGGUUACCUGUCUUGUGCCCACCCCUCCCUUCCCAGGAAUGCCCCUCCUUUUCUUCAUCCAAAGCAGCUGUGUUCAGUAGCACAGCCCACGCUGUGUCCAGCUUUCCCCAGCAUAGGAUCCCACCUGUGUGGCUUUAAAAGCUAUUCCAUAUGCUGUGCGCUUGGCACUGAACUGUGAUACUUAUGCCAUCACAGGCAGUGAUGCCCAGUCACCUUCAGCUGUGAACCAGUUUCCCAAAGGCAUAAGCAUGGCCUGGACUAGGAGUCAAGGCAUCUUGGUUUGACUCCUAGUUCUGGGAGUAGAGUCUAGUAGUUAGAGCAAGGGGCAGGAAGUAGGGUCUAGUGGUUAGAAGGAUGGGGGUAGGGUGGGGGGUUCAGUUGUAUUCUUGGUUCUGGGAGUGGGGUCUCAUGUAUCAGAAUAGGGGGGCUCAGAGUCAUGACUCCUGAGAUCUAUUUCCAUUCUGUGGGGUCUAGUGGGUUGGAGGAGAGGGCUGGGAGUCAGGCUCCCUGGUUUCCAGCUCCAGGAGGAGGAAGGUCUAGUGGUUAAAGCAGGGGUGUUGGGAGUCAGGACUCCUGGGUUCUAUUCACAGUCUUGCCCCUGGCUGUACAGCCCUGUACAACAAUUCUCCUUUGCCCAUCUUACAGUAGAGGCAUUGGGAGAUUUCAUAAAUCUCAGGGGUGUUAUAAAGUGCUCAGUGUCAUCACCUUUAUUCUUCUAAUGCCAGUAUAAUAGGGUUGAAAUCCCUUACGGCUCCUGACAUGGCAGGAACUAUGCUUUCUCAACCCUGGAGAUUAUGGGUACACUGUGGGCAUUAGGCAGGGUCUGAUUAGCACAGAUGCAGGUUAAAUCACUAGCUACACUCCAGUCCCUGGAGUCUUGUCUUUCCUAGGGAACAAGGUGUGAUUUUAACACAUAUCUGUUAACUAACAUGGUGAAAUCAUAGUGCAGACCAGGUGAGAUGCAGUUUUAACACGUUAGCUUGUCAAGGUAAACCCAUAUUAAACCUACAACCACUUUGUCUAUACUAGGAUUUUAACAUGUGUUAAAAACACACCUUUUAUCCUUACUUAGACCAAGAGAUGCGCUCACCCAAGGGAGUGCUGACAUUGUGUUACCGUAGUGCCUAGGGACCUUAGUCAGGUCCCCUUGGUGCUCGGUGCUCUACAAACACAGAACAAAAAGUCCCUGCCCCUACUUCAAAAAUGACCCAUAAGGCAGUGGGCUGGAUAGUGACACAGGAAGCCUGGGUACCUAGUGCAGUGUGUCGUUUGCUGACACAGUGAGGCUGCGUGGUACUGGCAAAGGCCAUGUUGGUGACGUUGGAACAGCAGCAGCGUAUGCUGGCAAAAAUACUAUU